CACACGCGCAUUGGUUAUGAAUGAUCAAUUGGCUCGUUCCGGUCCUCGCCGAGCGGCUCGAUCGAAUUGUUCUGCAAUCAUGCAUGUGUCAUACUUGCGUUACGGAACAAACCAGUAUUAAAGCAAAACCCUUCAUCUCCAUGACUUAAUCAACGGCACAAUGGAUCACAGUACUAAAUCGUCAUGAAUGCAGAAAGGUAGAUCAUCCUAGUUUCUUUCUUCGACCGUUUAGCCAUCUCAUGGUGAUUGCGUUUUUCUCAACAUGUCUUUGAAUUGCUCGGCAAGAAGACAGGCUCUUGUAACGUUAAGGACCAAGACAAACUGCACACAUAGGUGCCUCAGAUCGUUAUCAAGUUCCGCGACAGGUAAUCGGGGUCUGGGCACAGAAAGUCCUAGUGGCAAACGAAAGGAGAGGGUCGUGAUACUGGGCUCUGGUUGGGCAGGCUACGCCCUUGCGCGGACAUUAGAUCCAGCCAAAUUCGACCGCGUUGUCGUUUCCCCAAGGUCGCACUUCGUUUUUACUCCCCUUCUGGCGUCCACUGCCGUCGGUACUUUAGAGUUCCGCGCCGUGGCCGAGCCCGUCCGCCGCAUCCGCCAGGUUAUAUUCCAGCAGGGCUGGGCAGACGACGUCGACUUCACGCGCAAGGUCGUCCGGGUCGAGGCUAGUAUCGAUGACGAUGCCGCCUCCCACACCACGAUCCCCGUGCCAGAGCCGGCAACGAUACCAGGGAAGGCCGUGAUUCCCACCACCCCGCACAAGGGGCCCAUGAUCGACGUGCCGUACGACAAGCUAGUGGUUGCGGUGGGUGCCUAUUCGCAGACUUUCAACAUUGACGGGGUUCGCGAGCAUGCGCACUUUCUCCGCGACGUUGGGGACGCCAGGCGCAUUCGCCUUCGCAUUCUCGCCCUAUUUGAGCACUGCGCCAGCAACCCGACCAUAUCCGACGAGCAAAAGCGUGAGCUGCUCCACUUUGCUGUGGUGGGCGGCGGGCCGACGGGCAUCGAGUUUGCGGCCGAGCUGCACGACCUCAUUUACGAGGAUCUGAUAAAGGUCUACCCUGGUCUUGUCCCACUGGUCCGCAUUACCGUCUAUGACAUCGCUCCGGCGGUCCUUCCCAUGUUCGACAAGGAGCUGGCUGGCUACGCCAUGGAGCUCUUCAACCGCAGGGGUAUCGAGAUACGUACAGAACAUCAUCUCCAAGCCAUACGCGCCGAGGGAGACGGUCUGAAAUUGAAGAUCAAAGAGCACGGAGACCAGGAAGUCGGCGCAGGGAUGGUCGUUUGGAGCACCGGAUUGAUGCAGCACCCGCUGGUCAAGAAACUCGUCGACAACCAAGUCCAUGACCAAGGUUCAAACCCAAACUCGCCUUUGCGCCUCAAAAGUGACCCCAAAACUGGCGCCAUUGUGACCGAUGGACAUAUGCGGGCACAAAUUACAGAAAACGCCUCGCGGGGACAAUCACCAAGGAUGGACGACGUUUUCGUCAUUGGCGAUUGCGCCUUUUGCGAAGCCGAUCAGUCACUACCAAAGACAGGCCAGGUUGCAUCGCAACAGGCUGUAUACCUAGCCAAGGCCCUGAAUAGCGGAAAUUUAGACGAGAGUAAACCGUUUUCCUUCCGAAAUUGGGGAACCAUGGCAUACCUAGGAGGCUGGCGCGCUAUUCACCAAAGCAGCGCGGACGAACUAAAAGGACGUGCCGCUUGGGUUUUGUGGCGGACGGCAUAUUUGACAAAAAGCUUGAGCGUGCGCAACAAGAUUAUUGUGCCAUUUUUCUGGUUUAUAUCAUGGCUCUUUGGAAGAGAUAUAUCUCGUUUUUAGCAACAUAUCCCGAAUCCCCUCACUGUAUAAUUAUUAACCGAAAUAUGGACACAUCUGCCUGAAAGUGCCACCUUUUCAUCUUGUCCCGCUAUUCGUUCAUUUCAUGCGGCAACAGGCUGAAUGCAUGAUGACAGAACAAAGAGUAAUAGUCCACUGGAAAUCUCAAGCACCCGAAACAUGACCGU